UUGCGCAAAAGAGCGCAUUCCCAAAACAAAAUUGUGCACUCGAGAUUGCCAAAACCUGUCUGGAUUAUACUAGGUCUACCUCACUUUAAACGUAUCAGAAUGUCAACGACAGAUCUCAACCAAUUUGACACCCUUUUUUGAUGAUAAAUGUUUAAAACGUGUGCUAGUUGUCUUGUGUGUUUGUGGGCCUAUUUGUAAUAGUGAAGGUCUUCGUAUGUCGAUUGGAACAUCAUUCGCGAAUGUCACUUUCCCCUGUUCACUAUAGCAUAGGUCACUGACUAGUGUCACCAACCGCAAGACUCCAAAAGACCUGCAGACCGGUGGAGAUUUUUAUUUAUUGUAAAAAUGAACCUUAUUGGGAGCUACCAGCAUCAUCAUCUGAUGCACGAGACGUUUCCAUUCGUCCAGAGGUGUCAUCAAGAUUAUCCCUACUUCCAAAACUGGGUGGUGAACCAUGGCGAAGUCAACUCUGACUUCCAGAUCCAGAUGCCUUACUCCACGGAGUUCGGGGCUCCGGGUCCGGCGCAAGAAAGCCAGCUGGACGCUCUCUCCGCGUGCAUGGGGAAGAGGAGAGCAUCAGGGCCGAAGAAGGAGCGGAGAAGGACGGAGAGCAUCAACACCGCGUUCACCGAACUGAGAGAAUGUAUACCAAAUGUACCGGUAGAUACGAAACUGUCCAAAAUUAAAACGUUACGACUAGCAACAAGUUACAUUUCCUACCUAAUGGACGUGCUGGCUAAAGACACUGGGGAGACGGAGGGAUUCAAGGCCGAAAUCAAGAAAUAUGAUAGAGAUUUGAAACGGAAACGGGAAACGAACGAUGGCCUGCAAGAGUCAUUAGGAAACGAGAAAAAGUUCAAAGGACGGACAGGUUGGCCUCAGCAAGUCUGGGCUUUGGAACUGAACCAGUGAAUGUUUUGACCUCUGAACAUGCAACCCACUCAAAGACUCCGUAUUCAAGCACGUCGCUGCAAGGAAUACAACCACUUAUACUCAUCUACUGUAUAUACGUGCAAUGUUUAAAUUCAAACAAGGUGGACUUGGUAAAAUGCAAUAUUAUGCAAAUAUUUCAACAACUGCCUGUUAAACGUGUCUUUGUCAUUUGUCGUCUGAGCGAACUUAAAUGAAAGUUGUAUAGUUGUAUAAAUCGUUUUGGUUGUGGAUAGGCCACAACAACGAACGGAGAGACUGGGAUAUUCGAGGUGUUUCUUUAUGCCUCACGGUUAUGGGGCAAUGCUGUUCAGCAUUAUUUUUUCCCGCUUUGCAUUGGUCUUGUUGUAGUAGAGUCGACUUACUGUCGUGCUAUGUCUUGUAAAGAAUAAUGUUGAAUCUACCUCAAAUGAAUUUAACCGUUCGUUUGAAAUAGAAAACUAAUACACUCAGCAAUAACCUAUCUGUUAAAAAACAAUGGAACGCACAGGUUUAUACUACUUCGAAAUGAUACCCGGUAAAGGCCAACUAUUGGACUAUUGGUAUUUGGUUUUGAUAGUUUUCUUCUUAUGAAUUCAAUGUGAAAUUAUAUUCAUAAUGACUUAAUUUAUCACAAAAUCUUUAAAACGGCAAUGAAAUCAGUCAGUUGUUCAACACAAUGAUUAGGUAGGCUAUACAAAUAUUGAUAUGCAUAGAUCUAGGCAAUUAUUAAUUUGCUUUAUGAGGACACAUUCUUGUUUUAUUUAUUAAAACUUUUGUUUUUUGGUGA